AUGAACGCUAUUCACAAGAUAAAUGCCAUCAAUGAGAAGGAGUUAGAGCUAGAUAUAUCAGAUAAAGCGUCAUGGCACGCGGAUUACAAAGAUACUGCUUACAUAUACAUUGGAAAUCUUCAUCUCGACCUAAAGGAAGAUGAUAUACUUAAAAUCUUCUCUCAAUAUGGCAAUCCAUCGCACAUCAAUCUUGUCAAAGACAAAGACACUGGUAAGCCUCGAGGGUUUUGUUACUUGAAGUAUGAGGAUCAGCGCUCUUGUGUCUUAGCUGUUGACAAUUUCAAUGGAGUCAAGAUUUAUGAGAGACCUCUUCGAGUUGACCACACAUACUUUAGACUUAUGGAAGGACAGAGCGAAGAUGACUUUAAAGUUGAAUAUCCUGAAAUUGAAGCAAAGAAGGGGUCUAAAAAGAAGGCCAAAUUGUUGGAAUAUCGUCCUCAAAAAGAAGAGCUGGAGCAACCACUCAUAGAAGAUGCACCAAUUAGCACCAAAGAGCUAAAAGAAGCUGCUGGUAUCGAUGAUGAUGAUUUCGAGGAUCCAAUGGCAGGGAUGCUCAAAUCGGUGGAAGCUCCUAAGAAAAGGCGGAAGACUCACCAUAGCCGAAGUUCGAGACACAAAUCAAAGGACUGA